AAAUAAUGCAUCGAAGGAAGAGGCUUGAGUGCGUAUCUUCUCACUUCCAGGGUGCAGCUAGGGAUCUUCGCCUCAAUUUUACAUCAAGGCUGUGGCUUAAAGCAAUCAAAAGGCUAGUUAAUUGUCAAGCAAGGCUUCCCUCUGCGGAACUCUAACCGCAUGUUACAACCUCUUUGCAGCUCAGCUCCAUAUGCAUCUCUUUUUCACACUUCCCUCUCCAUCUCGGGCUCCUACACCUGGUGCAUCACGCAUUUAGCCCAUUAGCUCCGGCUCUUCCUUUCAUCUUCCCCAUGGCAGACGUUUCUAUUUAUCCACUGGCAAUCAAUGUGUGGCGUCACCAGUGGUACUGUAAUGACGACUGCACCAUUGAGGAUGACAGCUUAGAAAGAAGAGGGCAAUGGUGAUCCCUCCCAGAGCAGCACAGCACAGUGGAGCGCUCGCAUCACAAGGUCACCCUAUCUCACCGCUGGCUCCUCUGCAUUGGCAGGAGAGGGUAGACGGGUUUGCACAAGGCUGGGGCGGGAGCGGGAGGGAGGGGGGGACGAGAUCUGGACUUGUUUCCCCCCUCCCUUAAGCGAAGCCACAAUGGAAACCAGGAAGGAGAUGGUGAUGUUUCUGGAAGGGACGCAACUUGGCGCUCUAGUUGGCAAGAGGGUGCCUAAUUUGUCCGAAACAGUGGGGAGCCCCGCUCAAGAGCCGCAGGAGAAGAUGAUCCAUCGGAACUGCCUCAGCCCCCGACCUGGCCCCUUGUCGUCCCGGGAGAGAGGAGGAGGAGGAGGAGGUGGUGGAGGAGAAGACGAAGAGGAGGUGGAGGUGCUGCCGGGGACAGGGACGGUGCCGGAGAGCCGCUCGGCGGCGGCAGCACUGCUUUCGGCCGGACAGCAGCCCCCCGCCCCGGAGCCCCCCUCCAGCAAAGGGCAGCAGAGCAGCUCGGACACCGAGUCGGAUUUCUAUGAGGAAAUCGAGGUGAGCUGCACCCCGGACUGCGCCACGGGGAGCGCCGAGUACCAGCACAGCAAAGGGCCGUGCUCCGAGGCGCUGGCCGGCAGCCCCAGCGGCGGGGGGGAUCACCCCAAGGGCAGCGGAGGCAGCGGCGGCUCCCAGGGCUCGCUGGCCUGCAGCGCCAGCGACCAGAUGCGCCGCUACCGCACCGCCUUCACCCGCGAGCAGAUCGCCCGGCUGGAGAAGGAGUUUUACCGGGAGAACUACGUGUCCAGGCCCCGGAGAUGCGAGCUGGCGGCUGCUCUAAAUCUGCCAGAAACCACCAUCAAGGUGUGGUUCCAGAACCGCAGGAUGAAGGACAAGCGGCAGCGCCUGGCCAUGACCUGGCCGCACCCGGCGGACCCGGCGUUUUACACCUACAUGAUGAGCCACGCGGCGGCCACGGGCAACCUGCCCUACCCGUUCCCGUCCCACCUGCCUCUGCCCUACUACUCCCACAUGGGCAUCGGGGCCACGUCGGCCUCCGCCGCCACCCCGUUCAACACCCCCUUGAGGCCGCUGGACACCUUUCGGGUGCUCUCGCACCCCUACCCGAGACCAGAACUGCUCUGCGCCUUCAGGCACCCCUCUCUCUACCCUGCCCCGAGCCAUGGACUCAGCAGCGCCGGGGGCAACCCCUGCUCCUGCCUGGCUUGCCACGGCAGCCAGUCCAACGGGCUGGCACAGAGACCCUCCGGCUCAGACUUUACCUGUUCAGCCACGACCAGGACUGACUCUUUCCUCACUUUCACGCCCUCUGUGCUGAGCAAAGCGACCUCGGUUUCCAUGGACCAGCGGGAAGAAGUACCUUUAACAAGAUAA